UAUAGUUUCCAUAAAAUUGUUGGCCCUUUACGGUAAUCCGGUAAAAAUAGUAGAAUUUGCAAUGUCUUGGAAAUAUGGAUUGAUCCGAGACAUGGAAAAGCCGGAAAACGUGAUAGUUUCAUCAGAAAAUGCAGUUGUUAUACAAGACAAAUAUCCAAAAUCAAAGCAUCACUAUCUCGUUUUGCCAAUAGCCGAUAUUGAAAGCAUCUUUAAAUUGAACCGGAGUCACCUGCCACUCUUAAAGGAGCUUCAUAUUUUAGCACAAAAAGCUGUGAAGUUUAAGAAACAACUUUGGGAGGAUUUCAAUGUGGGAUUCCAUGCGGAACCAAGCCUGCAGAGACUUCAUUUACAUGUGAUCUCCAAGGAUUUCAUAUCGACAUGCAUGAAGACCAAGAAGCAUUGGAACUGCCACAACACCGAUCUAUUUGUGCCCUUCGAAAAACUAUAUAAUCAGCUGAAGAAGGAUGAUUGCAUUUCACGAUUGCCAAAAACGAUUAUUGACAAGCUGUUGGCUGCGCCGCUAAGAUGUAAUCAGUGUGACUUUGUCCCGGAUUCGCUGCUAGAUCUGAAGGCUCACCUCUUUUACCAUUGGCAUUGUAAAGAAGAGGACCAACAGCAGGAACAAAUUGACAGCAAAAUGAAACUAUCAAACGGAAACAAUUCAUCCUUCAACAACCAAGCGAAGAAUCAUUAUCAGUCGGAAAACUGCAGACCGCGGAGACCUUUUUAUUACAAAGGGCCUAGAGCACCUAUGCAUGGUUCUCGCUUUGCACCGAAUCCGCAUCAGAAUCACUUUAGGCAGCCGGGACAAUAUGUGUUUCCAGCACCGCCAUCAAUAAACCAGCUGGGACUUUUACGUUAUCCAAACCAAGCUGUCGUCGGUGGAGCAUCUAGGCCAAACUGGAUACCAAAAUAUGUUCUAAACAAGAGUCAACCAAAUACGAAACAACCACAACAAGAAAACUUUAAUCCUCGGAAUUCAAGACUGAAUCAACAACAACAAGAUUGGUUAUAUUUCCAAAAACUGACCGCCAAAAACCCUGACCAGCCAAAGCAACAUUACAAGCAAUCAAAUCGCUCAAAAACCAAUCAGCAAAACCGCCAGAAACCUGAUCAACAGAAUGACGAGAAUUUCCAGAAACCAAACGAACCGAAAACCAAUAUUAAUCCUUUGGAUUCAGCAUUGAAUUCAAAUCCAAGUCAAUAUACGAGACCUAAAAAUAAUCAAAAUUCAAACCGAAGAAACAAGAAGCCUGCAAACAAAAAGAUGAAGCCAAUAUCUAUUAAAAUGGUGGAGAUUAAAGAAAGUAAAGCUCUACCACCUGCAACCAAAUCUGUUAAAAUUGAUGAAGCUAAGAAAUGUCAGGUUCCAGCACCUUCUCCAAAAUCUGUUGACAUUCUUGACGCAAAAGAAAGUCAGAACCCACCACUUUCAACAAUAUCUGUUCAAAUUCUUGAGGUUAAAAAAAGUCAGGAUUCACCACCUUUAACAAUUGAAAACCAGCUUGCAAGUCUAACAAUUGUUUCUCCUUCUGAAACAGUUUCAUAAGGAUGUACAAAUGAAGUUUUUAAUACAGCUAGCAAGUACAAAUAAAUAAGAUACAAAAAAAACUACAAGUUCAUUCGAGACAUUGUCAAACUAGCAUUUAAAAAUAUUUAGUGACUGUUAUGUGUUAUUGCAAUAAAUUAUAUUUUAUAUUAUAAAAUGUAAUAGUAUUGAUAAAUCAUUUACAAGUGAUCAUUUUAUUUGAAAUAAAAAGUGUAUGCUUACCAAUUUCAUCUUCCUAAACCAUAAAAAGAACUUAUAAGAGUGCGAAUUAAAUUCU